AAUGUCGUAAAUUUGCGGAGAAUGAAGAAACAGAAAAAGAUAAAAAUAGCAAAAAGAAAGAAAGAGAAGAAACAGAGUGAAGAACAGAGACAUAGGAAUUAGAAACCGUAACAGAGAGACAGACAAACAGACACUAACUGAUCCAUCAAUCAUUCUAUCUUCAGUUUAAUCAUCAAACUCAAGCCAUGCAAAAUUCACGACCAGUUCUUCUUGUUCGUUAAGGUUUUUUUUUUGUCUGACUCAAGAAAAUUCUUGCCUCCAUCUUCUCUCUGAACAGCCUCCAUAUAUGUGUUAAUUUGGUAGGGUUGGGUAUUUGACAUGGAUUUUACGGAGUCCACCAAAGUUGUGUACAACAGAAUUCAGAAGAUAGAGCCCGAAAAUGUCUCGAAAAUCAUUGGCUAUCUUCUGUUACAAGACCAUGGCGAAAGAGACAUGAUUCGGUUGGCAUUUGGUCCGGAUAAUUCGAUUUAUUCGUUGAUCACCAAAGCCAAAUCUGAUCUUAGGCUAAAUAAACCGGCUGUUUCGAUUCCAGUUUCAGCAUCGCAGGUGAAUUCGUCGCCUGUUUCCGACAUUUCUUUGCAGUUUACUCCUUUUUCGCCAGCUUCAGCGAACCCACGCAGGGCUGGAAAUGCUUACUGGGAUGCACAAGUGAGUGGUGAUCAGUUUCAGCAUCAGCAGGUGGAAAACUUGGAUUUUGGUUCAUCAGGUUACUCAGAUUCGGCUGCUGAAGAUUAUCGGCUUCAAAACCAAAUGCAGUUCUUGAAUUUGGAUGAUCAGUUAGAUUUUUCGAGCAAUCAGUUUUAUUUUGAACCUGCAUUAGGUCCUAGAACUAGUAGAAGGUCUCCAAGUUUGCCAGAAUUUCCUGUUAAGAUUUGCCAUUACUUUAACAAAGGGUACUGUAAGCAUGGAAAUAACUGCAGGUAUUUCCAUGGACAUCCAAUGCCCGACAGCUUUUCUCAGUUUCUUAGUCCGAAAUCAAAUGAGAUUUCGAACGAAGAACAUAUUAUCUCACCCGGCUCUCUUGCAAAGCUCGAAAUGGAGCUCUCUGGCCUCUUAAAAUCGAGAAGGGGUAUGCCUGUUUCGAUUGCAUCAUUGCCAAUGAUGUACUAUGAGAAAUUUGGUAAGACCCUUCAGGCUGAAGGGUAUCUUACUGAGAGCCAGAGGCACGGCAAGGCUGGUUAUAGUUUGACCAAGCUCUUAGCUCGAUUGAAGAACAGCAUUCGUGUCAUCGACAGGUAUCAAACACCUCACGGGCAGCAUUCUGUGAUUUUGGCGGAAGAUGUUCCGAAGUACAUGGAUUUUUCCGGUGAGAGAAAUGAUCCUGGCGGAAUUGUUGCUGGUUCUAGACAGAUCUACCUUACAUUUCCAGCUGAAAGUACUUUUACCGAGCAGGAUGUUUCCAACUACUUCAGCAAAUUUGGACCUGUUCAAGAUGUUAGGAUUCCUUGCCAACACAAGAGAAUGUUUGGAUUUGUCACUUUCAUUUUCAUCGAGACUGUCAAGCAAAUCUUGGCAAAGGGUAAUCCGCAUUUCGUAUGUGGGGCUCGUGUCCUGGUAAAACCGUAUAGAGAAAAGUCAAGGCUUAUUGAUAGGAAGUUUUCAGACAAUUUACAGCAUCCAAUGUUUUACAGCCCUCACUUUAUGGAUGGAGAUUCUGAGUUUCACUCCGUGUCUGUUCCAAGAAUUUGUGAUAAUUCAAGGUUACUCAAGAAACAGCUAAUGGAGGAACAUGAGCUUGCACUUGAAUUUGAGAGACAGCGUCUAUCGGAGUUUCAGUCAGCACCCAAAUCGCAUAAUCAUCACACUUAUUUUGGCUACUCGAUGGACGAGUUGAAGCUCUCAAAAGAACACGCUGAGUUCCCGUCUGCUGAGCGUUUCAAUUAUUUGCUGGAUGUACUUAACAGUGGCUCCUCCAGUGAUGACAGGCUCAGGCACACAACCACCCAUUACAAUGAUCAGGAGAGCAGCCAAGGAGUUAACCUGCCAGAGAGCCCAUUUGCAUCGCCAUUAGCAAACAGAAUUUCAACAGUUAUAUAGAAUUAAAAGAAAUACAGUACAGGGGUAUCGUAUAGAGGUAGAGCAAGAUCGAAUCGAAUCGAUCGAUACAGCAGGGAAAUUGCUUCUUCAUAUUUAGUUUAUUGAAGAAGAGAGAAUUACUAGUAGAUGAAGAAGGCAGAAUACAAAAUAUGACUAAAGGUUUAUAAGCUUAUUUCUAUUUAUUUUAUUUAAUUUUUCUCUUCAAUUAAUGUAUACAAGUCAUAGAACUUGUUGGUAUUUUAGAAAGAAAAAUGUAAUUUAUAGUCUGCCUUUUGUUUUUAGUUGUAGCCAAAAUUAUGGAGAGAGUUCAUAGAAGAAAAAAACUAAUGGUAAGAAAAAGUGUAGAGCUCUCUGCCUAAGUUAGUUACAAAUUCUAAUAAAUCUAAUUAUACAAAAGUUUUAGUUUA